GCACACAAGUUCUAGCAGGUCCGAGCGGGACAGGUUCAGAGAGCCGUCACACCGAGACCCAAGAUGGCCAAGACCUCCACCUCCAAGGCCUUUGCCACCGCCUUCAUCAUCCUGACCGUGUCUGUCAUCGGCAGUAUCGUCACCAUGAUCAUCUUGUACAAGACCGAGAUUGCCACCAUGAACCCCACGCCUCGUCCCACCCUUCCAUCCACCACCGCUGCACCGCCGCCCGUCAUGCGGCUGCCCACUGGUCUGGUGCCCGACCGCUACACGAUCUUUCUCCAAACUCAUUUCUACUCCCAAAUCCCGGAGGAGGUGAACGUCACCGCUCCCAACCAGACCAUGCUGUUCACCGGGAACUCGUCCGUCGCCUUCCACUGUGUGGAGAGGACGCGGAGCAUUUACCUCCACAGUCGGGACCUGACGCUCGGCCACGCCUCGGUGAAGAACGGGGACACGGACCAGGACAUGAGCAUAUCUCACAUCGAGCAUCACGCCGAGCAAAGUGACUUCCUGGAGAUCGGCUUGAAGGAAGCGCUGGAGAAAGGAAGCAACUACAGCUUGUUUGUGUCUUUCCAGGGACAGAUAUUAGACCGUCUUCAAGGACUUUAUGUCAGCACUUACUCUCAAGCGCACACACAAAGGUUUCUUGCCAGCACAAAUCUGGAGCCGACGAGCGCCAGGCGAGUGUUUCCUUGUUUCGACGAGCCUCAAAUGAAAGCGGUGUUUGACGUCAGCAUCGUCCACAGACUAAGCACGACAGCGCUGGGAAAUGCCGAAGUGUCCGGCUCGGAUAUUCUUCCUGACGACUGGCAGUUGACUCGUUUUCAUCCCACGCCAAAAAUGUCAACUUACUUGCUGGCGUUCAUGGUUUCCGAGUUGACCUCCAUCCGCUCCGCACACCGGCGUGUCAACAUUCAGAUAUACGCUCGGCCAGAGGCCACUGAAGCUGGCCACACUGCUUACGCAGCAAACGUGACCGGAAGCAUUCUGGACUUCUACGAGAAACAUUUCCACAUCAAUUACCCUCAGAAAAAGCUAGAUCAAGUUGCACUGCCAGAUUUAUCUGGUGCCGCCAAGGAAAACUGGGGACUGAUUACGUACGCCGAGGGUGUCUUGCUGUACCAAACGGGAGUGUCUUCGCUCUUGCACAAGGAAACCAUCUCCUACGUGAUCGCACAUCAACUGGCACACCAGUGGUUUGGGAACUUGGUGACCAUGACGUGGUGGAGUGAAGUUUGGCUGAAAGAAGGCUUUGCUACAUACAUGGCAUCACUGGCCUUGGACCAUCUUCAGCCCACAUUCCAAGCUAGAGAAAGGCAGAUGAUGACGGCGCUCCAUGUAGCAUUGAAGCAGGAUGCUCUGGCUUCUUCACAUCCUCUCGCCGUCCCACACCAAGAUGUCCAGUCCACUUCCCAAAUACUUGACUUAUUUGAUGCUGUCACCUCCUACAAGGGAGCUAUGCUGCUGACAAUGCUGGCAGACGCUGUGGAGCCAAGAGUUUUCAACAAAGGCAUUCAGCUGUAUCUCAGAACCUUCAAGUACGACAACGCCGAGCAGAAUGACCUUUGGGACUGCAUCCAAAAGGCUGUGGAUGAGGAGGGGGGGCACACUGAGGUGGCCACCUUGAUGGCGACAUGGACCAAACAGAUUGGAUAUCCUGUUGUUACCAUCAACACAACAAACGGAGAGCUCUACCAGAGGCACUUCCUGUACAACACUUCCUUUGAAUCCAGUCUUUGGUGGUACAUCCCAAUCCGAGUGAUGUCAGCGACGUCUGAAACUUCUCUGGUGUGGUUGGAAAGCGACGACACGGUUAAAAAGGACCAGUUCAUUUCCACGGAUGGAGAGUGGAUCCUGGCAAACGUUGGCUGUACCGGAUACUACCGGGUCAACUAUGACCCAGAGAAUUGGGACCGCCUCCUCACGCAGCUGGAAUCCAACCCUCGCGGCAUCCCCGUGAUGAAUCGAGGGCAGCUCAUUGAUGACGCAUUUAAUUUGGCAAGAGCCAACAUUGUCCACGUGACUCUGGCUCUGAAUGCAACACGCUUCCUUCGUACGGAGGAAGCCUACAUACCCUGGCAGUCUGCAAUUAGGAAUCUGGAGUACUUUGUCCUCAUGUUUGACCGCUCAGAGGUUUACGGACCCAUGCAGGCCUAUCUCCGAGAUCAAGUUCAAAACCUGUAUGGCUUCUUUAGAAACUUGACGGAUGAGUCAGAUAUUCCAGUGGACCAUUCCUCACAGCACCACCAGAUCACCGCCAUCGAUGUGGCCUGUUCCAAUGGACUCCCAGAGUGUGUCGAAAUGGCUACCAUGAUGUUUGCCGACUGGAUGAGCAGCAGUGACAACCAAAGCAACAGGAUCCACCCCAACCUGAGAUCGGUCAUCUACUGCCAGGCUGUGGCUGCCGGGGGGGAGAAAGAGUGGGAGUUUGCUUGGAACAAGUUCCAGAGCACCAGGGAAAGCUCAGAGAAAGAGCAGCUUCGUCAGGCACUGUCGUGCACCAGGAAAAUAUGGCUUCUCAGCAGAUACCUGCAGUACACUUUGGACCCUGAGAAGGUACGACUGAUGGAUGUCACUUCUACUAUUAACUUCAUUGCCAGGAAUGUGGUGGGACACGGGCUGGCCUGGAACUUUCUAAGAGCCCACUGGGACUACAUCAGUCAGGGCAGAGAUGGAGCCAAGCUGAUUGACGGAGUGACAAGGAGGUUCUCCACACCAUUUGAACUUGAGGAGUUGGAGAACUUUGCCUCCAAGUAUGAUGUGGGUCCUUGUGCUGGGGCGGUGGAGCGGGCCAUAGAGCGAACCAAAGUCAACAUCCAGUGGGUGGCGGACAACAAGGAGACGGUACUGGACUGGUUUGAAAGGCGUUGGGCCUGAUAGUUGUUUCCACAAUCACACAGCAGCAUGACGUGACUUUUUCUAAAAGCCUCAAUGAUUUCUGAGCUGAAUAUUGUGUAAUAAUCCCAUUCUAUUCAUGAUGUAUUUACUGUAUUUCUACUACAAGCACUGCAGGAUUAAAAAAAGACACUGAUGCUGCCAUGAACGUUUGGAAGAGCCAAAGAACACAAUGUUAGUCAUUCGUCAUGUUUUAUACAGUAUGUGUUGUUAAAUUAUUAUGUGUGUGUGUGUGUGUGUGUGUGUGCGUGUGUGUGUGUGUGGCUGAUAGAGUCCACAACGUUCAGUCUUGGAAAUAAAAUGAUACAAUUGGUGUGUCAUAUUGCAUGGAACGUGCCAGCUACUUCUGAUUAUUAUUAUUAGUAUUAUCAUUUGAUGAUGUACUAUUGUCACACAACCACUGACUUGUACAGUCAAUGUGAAUGUAUUUCUAUGCUAAAGGAUCCAAUACAAUAAAUAAAUGGCUUUGCCCAUUCACUUCAAUUCAAUCAUUUCCAUCUAGCAGUACUUCUAUUAACCUGUGGUGCCCAAUAUCAUAUACAGUACAACCAUCCCUCGUUUAUGGCCCUUCUUUGGAUC